UUUCAUCGGCGCUGCUCGGGAAUUAUUCAGAAAUCGCGCAGAGCGCGCAGAAACGUGUUCGCGGGCUGUUUGGGUGUCUGCUAGCUGCUAGCAUGUAGCUAAGCUAGUUAGCUCGGCUGUCAGGCUCGGCGGAAGCUCGAAGCGGGAGUCCGAGUGACAGCUGUCCGCUCAGCGGGCACCGGGGGCCGCCGGGGGCCGGCGCGGGGCGCGGGGCGGCCGCCGGCCGGACGGGGUGCCGGGGGCAGGGUGACACAGCUGGGGUGGAGAUGGUGUCUCUCAGCGCCGGUUAGUGGGUCCACAUGUCGGAGGACCAGCGGUACUCGCGGGCCGACGCCUGCCGGCGGACCGACGGCGGUCUGGAGGCGGCGGAGGGCGAGACGGAGCCGAGCAUGCUGCUGAGCAAACUGAAGAGCAACAUCUCGAAGAACGUUCAGACCAAAGUGGAUCAGAUCCUGCAAGACGUCCAGAGCUUCUCCGACAACGACAAGCUGUACCUGUACCUGCAGCUGCCGUCCGGGCCCAGCGCCGGGGACAAGAGCAGUGGAGACUCCACCUCCUUCAAUACAGCAGACCAGCUUCACACCUGUAACUGGAUCCGGAGUCACUUAGAGGAACAUUCAGACACAUGUCUGCCCAAACAGGACGUGUACGAGACGUACAGGAGGUACUGUGAGAACCUGCAGCAUCGUCCUCUGAGCGCGGCGAACUUCGGGAAGAUCAUCCGGGACAUCUUCCCCAACAUCAAGGCCCGACGUCUGGGAGGACGAGGACAGUCCAAGUACUGCUACAGCGGGAUCCGGAGGAAGACGGUGCUCAACAUGCCUCUGCUGCCCAACCUGGACCUGAAGAGCGACCCGGCCGAGCUCACCGAGCUGGUGCAGACCUACAAACAGGAAGUGACGGAGGCGGCGUGCGAGCUGAUCUGUGAUUGGGCGCAGAAGAUCCUGAAGCGCUCCUUCGACACGGUGGUGGAGAUCGCUCGCUACCUGAUCCAGGAGCACAUCGUCAACCCCCGCUGCAGCCAGGCCGAGCUGGUGGCGUCCGCCGCCCUCGCAGGAGGUCCGGCUAAAACUCAUAAGGUCAUCAAGAAGGCUCCAGUGGUUUCUAAAGUGGACGGAGACAAUGCUGCUGAUCAGAAGAAGGAGCCUGCGGACUCGUCCAGCUCCUCGUCCUCGUCCUCUCUGUCCUCCGUGAAGCCGUCUCCCGGAGAGAAGCCGUCCUCCAAGUCUUCCGGUCUGGACGCUCCUCCUGCUCCUCCUCCUCCGUCCUCCUCCUCGUCCUCGUCUUCGGCGCUGCGUCCGGCGGUGGAGGCCUUCAUGAAGCAGUUACCCAGAAUCCUCCCCCGGAGCUCCCUCCCCGAUAAGACGCUCUCCGUCCGAUCCUCGCCGCCCUCGCUGGCGCCCAAAGACGCCUCCGGCGUGGGCGGAGCAUCUGGACCCGGAGGUCCCGCCGCCGCCGCCGCCGCCAGCGGCGGGGGGGUGAAGGUCAUCGCCAUGGCGACGCUGCCCCAGCAGCAGGGCGGCCCCGUCCCGGUGAUGAUCCUGCCGCAGAGCUGCCUGUCCUACGACCGAGACAAGGUGGCCCCGCCCCCUCCUGCCAGCCCCUCCCAGCAGCCCGGCCCGGCCACGCCCACCUCCGUGGUGCAGAAAGCCAAAGGCGGCGCCAAGCGGCCGGCGGAGGCGGGGCCUUCGGGAGGCGCCCCUCCGGUCAAACGGAAACGCGGACGGCCGAGGAAGCCCCGCCCCGAGGACUCGCUCCCCGCCCCUCCCCACCCCGCCGUCCCGGCGCCGCCCCCUCCCCCGCCCAUCAUCACGUCCCUGAGCGGCGGCGUCAUCCAGAAGGCCUCGUCCUCGUCCUCGUCCUCGUCCUCGCAGCCGCUGCUGGAGCUGGUGAUCCAGGAGCCGCCGGGGGGCCUGGUCUUCAGCCCGCUGCCCGCCGUGUCCGAGCCGGGGCGGCGGCUGCUGGAGCACCGCGGCGGCGGCGGCGGCGGCGGCGUGGUGGUGCAGUGUCAGCCCGGCGCGCCGGCCGAGCCCGAGCGCCACGGCCGGCCCCUGCUGCUCUUCCAGAGUCCGGGCAGCUCCGGCUGGGAGCUGGCGGCGGCGGGACGCACGCCGAUGGUGGAGGUCAUCCAGAAGGCGCCUCGGCCCGACGGCGGCGGCGCCGCACCUCCGCCCGCCGCGCAGCUCCACCCCAACCCUCCGCCCCCCCCCGCCCAGCACCACCACGUUGCAGAGGUGGAGAUCACACUGGAGCCCGUGGAGCCGUACGCCACUCCUCCGCCCGCCGCCGCCGCCUCCGACAAGCUGGAGGAGGCGCCAGGGGGCGGCGCCUCCUCCCAGGGGGAGGGGCUCUAGAUCUUCUUCCUGAUUGGUGGAAAUCCCACAUUGGCUGCAGCAGAGAGCCAAUCGGAUGAAUGAAGCCAAACUGAAACGCUGCUCCCAGUCAGACUCCUCCUCUUCCUCCUCCUCUUCCUCCUCCUCCUCUUCCUCCUCCUCCUCUUCCUCCUCUUCCUCCUCCUCUUCCUCUUCCUCCUCCUCAUCAUCCUCCUCCUCUUCCUCCUCCUC